AUGCGAUUGACAUCUGCGCUUGGCCUGCGUAGAAUUAUCAACAGUGCUUAUCAUCCAUUUCAAACGAUACCGAAGGCGGACCGAUGGCAUGUACGAGAACGACAGAAUCGUUUUACAGCGUGGCAAUAUAGUUCGGACCGAUCAACCUACAAAUAUGGAAAUGUGAAGCUGAAUAAGUUGUUCUGCUAUCUAGACAUGCAGCGAAGGGAUGAAAGAAAGUUGGAGAGACAUUAUGCUGAGCAGCGUCUCGAAGCGGCAUUAGCUGAACAUCAUUUCGAAUAUAAGCAUUUCCGGAACAUGCUUGAUAAAGCUCAUAUUCUUCUGGACAACAUCGUCCUCUCACAGUUGGCUAUAUACGAGCCCAGGACUUUCCAAAGUUUGGUUGCCUUAGCAAAAGAAAUGGCUAUCAAAGAUGGCCGACCUGCCAUUCCUGAUGACGAGUUUCGAUUUGAAGUUCACUUGGAUGACACUCUUUUCGGUGAACCUUUCCAAAGAUCAGUGCAGUUUCCAAGAGGUCCUUCUGAGAAUCACACUUCUAAGCCGAGGAAAUUGGAUCCGUCAGAGUACUAA